CGCAAAGACGGCGAAGCCAGUGCCACAGCUGAGAGGGUUGGACGGUUCUAGUCCAGAAGAUGCAUGUCUCACCGGCCCAUCUUUGCUCUACCUAUGGUAGCCAUUUAUAUGCCGUCAAGUCGGAGCGCAUCAUCGUCGUCAGCGGACAGACAUUUUUCAGACACUGCGCAGCCAAUGGGAUCCCAUCCCAGUGCACUUCCGGCCGCCCUCCCGCGUCACUCCUCGUCUACCAUUUCACAUUCGACGCAUCCAGGCGACUGACGGCCUGACGCCGUGAGGGAACCGAGCUGCCAGACGCACAUACUGGUACUGGCCGCCACUUGAGCUUGAAGACUGAAGCAGGUCUUUGCCAUGCUCGAGAGCAAGCCGAUGACAUCGCCAACAGCUGAGCUCGGAUCUGAAAAUGAAAGAAAAAAAAUUCCUAUCUUUAUUUUUUCUUUUCUUUCUUGCUUCACUAACCGACGCCACGGAACGGUGCCGGAUGACUUGGGCCAGCUUCCCGAGCAGGCCGAGAUCGUCGUCUCAAACCGUCUCACCUACGGCGUGGCUGAUUCCAUUCCUGGCACGUCAACCCAUCACGCUCAUGAAAUCAUGAAUACGGACAAAAAGGCCGGAUCCGACCAGCUCAACACUCGGCUCGAGGCAUUCAUUGAUCGUCAUUCCCGCCAAUCCCGCUACCAGCCAUGUAUGUCACUCCGAUUCGUCAUUCCAUUGUACAUCUCAAUCCGGGAGCAUACUGACGAUGCAUCACCAUCCGGAGGUGAGCCCGUCCCAAAUCUAGCAAACGUGCGAGAAGCUUUUUUAAGAACAACUCCCAUCUUGACCACGGAUCGAACGGGCGACAUCAUAAACUCAAAUUUUUCCGUCAUCAACCGUGCGCGUGCGUCUCUCUUGCGAUCCUUUCAGGGUCAGAAGCAAAGAAUAGGGGUUCAAGGUCUCUCAGUAAGCCAAUCGUCCCAUGCCACUCACGCAAUCUGGCUUUUCCGAGAGGUCUGAGAGCCGGCGAGCGACUAUUGUAAGCGUGGGGAAAAAAGUGAAC